AAUUCGACUCUGUGGAGUGGUCUCUCCCCUCUCUACCCUAAAACACACUCACCCACUUCCUCUGUAUAAACCUCUCUCUCUCCUCUCAUCUCUCUCAUCUCUCUCUCUCUCCUCCAUGAAAAAAUCACAGUUCCUUAGAGACAGAACCUCCUAAGAAAUCUCCCAUCUUUGAUGACUUUUGCUUCCUUAGUUUCAACUUUAUUGUCCGAACGCUCUGAAAGAACCCAAAUAAACGAUUAAAGAGACUAUUAAAUACACAAAGAACAAUCAAUCAAUCAAUCCCCAUGGCCGAGAAUCUCGCUUGUGGUGAAACCAGCGAGUCAUGGAUCACUGACAACGACGAUGAAAUCAACUACGGCGGCGGGUUUACGAACAAGAUUGGUUAUAAUCAUCAACUUUUCAUUAAAGACGGUAACUUUGACGGCGACGGAUCAAUUCCGGUGAUGGGUUCUUCGUUUUCGUCGAGACAAGACAGAAUCAAAGAGAUGUUGGAGAGAGAGAUUGAGUUUUGCCCUGGAGCUGAUUAUGUUAAGAGAUUGCGUUCUGGGGAUUUGGAUUUGUGUGUUCGAAACCAAGCUUUGGAUUGGAUUUUAAAGGCUUGUGCUCAUUACCAUUUUGGACCUCUGUGCAUAUGUCUAUCCAUGAACUACUUGGAUCGGUUCUUAACAUCCUAUGAAUUGCCAAAAGACAAGGCUUGGGCUGUUCAGUUGUUAGCUGUCUCUUGCUUAUCAUUAGCAGCCAAAAUGGAGGAAACAGAUGUGCCUCAAAUUGUUGAUUUACAGGUGGGAGAUCCUAAGUUUGUUUUUGAGGCCAAAACAAUAAAAAGGAUGGAACUUUUGGUACUCAACAAAUUGAAUUGGAGAUUGCAAGCUAUAACUCCAUUUUCUUUCAUUGAUUACUUCGUCGACAAGAUCAGCAAUCAAGUAACAGAGAAUUCGAUCUAUAGAUCAUCAAGAUUCAUUUUGAACACCACCAAAGAAAUUGAAUUCUUAGACUUCAGGCCUUCUGAGAUAGCUGCAGCAGCAGCAGUGUCUGUUUCCAUUUCAGGAGAAACAGAUUGCAUUGAUGACGAGAAGGCCAUGUCUAAACUCAUACAUGUAAAACAGCAGGAGAGAGUGAGGAAAUGUUUGAAUCUGAUGAGAAAUCUCACAGGGGAGAAUGCACCUGGGACUAGUAUAUCGCAGGAGCAGCCGAGAAGAGUGGUGCCGCAGAGUCCGAUAGGAGUGUUGGAAGCAACAUGUUUGAGCUAUAAGAGUGAAGAGAGAACAGUUGAGUCAUGUACAAAUUCCUCACAGAGUAGUCCAGACAACAACAAUAAUAGCAACAAGAGGAGGAGAAAACAAUGAGAGAGAGAGAGAGAAUAAAAGGAGUCAAGUCAUAUACAUUGCUUUUUCCAACUCCAAUCCAUAAAAGAGUCAUGACAUUUGAGGUUCCUUUUUAAUUUUUGGUUUAUAUUCCUUCUUCUUCUUUACAUUAAAAUUUUAUUUUUCUUUCUUUAA